CAGCCACGUCUCCCUCAAGCACACCAAUCACGGGCACAGAGGUCCCCUUCUCUAGAGCACACCAGUCACACACACACACACCAGUCACACACACGCCACAGCUUACCCAGGGAGAAGGUGUGCAGGUUAGGGCAAGUCGACACACUCAGAGUGGAUUUCAGCGAGUUUGUGACGGUGUGUGUGAGAGAGAGAGAUCUGUCAGUCGUACUGCUUGGGUUGAGAUGUGGCUGACCCAGGGUCAUGGCUGACCAGUGACAUCAUGACAGAGAUGUGUUUGUCGCCCCCUGCCUGUCCUGCUGGGUAACACCCAGAGCUGAGGGCUGGGGGGGCUGUGGUGACUGCCAACAGGCAUCAUGACGGGCGUGGCAGUGUGCUCAGGAGCAGUCAACUCCAUCAAGGCCCUCUGGGAGACACGGAUCAAGAAGAACAAAGAUGACCUGCAGAAGCAGAGAGACCUGAGGGACAAGGCAGCUGUGGGACGGCUGGCGGGGGCGUGGGAGGACCGUAUCACCCUGAACAAGCUCCGAGAGCGAAUCGUUACAGAGGACGGACGAGUCAUCCUGCGCAUACAGAAGGAGGAGUGGAAGACCCUCCCUGAGGCGCUGGUGCAGCUCACGGAGGUGCAGGAGUGGCAGUUGCAUCGCACGGGCCUGCAGAAGAUCCCCCGCUUCAUCGCCAGCUUCCAGCAGCUCAUCGUGAUCGACCUCUCCCGCAACGCCAUCACUGAGAUCCCCAAAGAGAUUGGUAAGCUGACCAGGCUGAGGGAGCUGUUGCUGAGCUACAACCGUGUGGACAGCGUCCCAGAGGAACUGGGGAACUGCGAGAGUCUGGAAAAACUUGAGCUGGCCAAGAACCAGGACCUGGACGAGCUGCCAGAACAGCUCAGCAACCUGAAGAAGCUGUAUCACCUAGACCUGUCCAUGAACCUGUUCACCGAGAUCCCCGACUGUGUGGUGAGUCUGCCUGCUCUGGAGUGGCUAGACAUGGGGGGCAACCAGCUGCAGAACCUGCCUGAAGACAUACACAGGAUGGAAAAGCUCCACACUCUGUGGCUGCAGCGGAAUGAACUGGAAUAUCUACCUGACAACAUCAGUCGCAUGCACAGCCUGGACACGCUGGUGCUGAGCAGCAACCGCCUCAAAGACAUCCCCAACCUCAUGGACAGCAUGACUAACCUCAGGUUUGUGAACUUCCGAGACAACCCUCUGUCGUGGGACGUGUCCCUGCCGGAAGCGAAGGCGGACGUUCCUGAGGAAGAGGACGACAGGGAGAUGUUCGGACGAGAGUUCAUGCACUUCUACAUCAACGAGUCGCGCAAGAGAGAAUCCCAGGCCAAGUUUAUGUCAGUACUGAACGUGGAGCUGGAGGAGGUGUGUGAGACGCCGCCGCUAUCCUGACUGUCCUCCAUGUUGGCC